AUGCAAGUUACCAAACUACAGAUUAUCGCUGCGGAGGGUGAACAAAAAGCUUCGUUUGCUUUGAAGGAAGCCGCAGAUGUUAUCAAUGAGUCACCUUUUGCUGUGCAACUUCGGUAUCUACAGACACUGAGCACCAUCUCUGCCGAAAAAAAUUCGACCAUCAUCUUCCCACUGCCUGUUGACCUGGUUGCUCAUUUUAUGCGUCGAGGCCCUCCUUGCCCAGCUACAUCGCGUACUCCCGCGCCUGUGGCACUUCAUACCACUCCUGAGAUGAGACCCCGACAUCAGGCAAGUGCUCCUGAAGUACACCGAUCUCAACGCAAUCCUAACAAUGAAGAAAGAGCUAAAACCGGUGGAAGUCUUGGCGGCCAUGGCAUUUGCAGAGAAUCUAUGGCAAACGGUACAAAUGGGACAUGUAGCAACAGUAGUGUAGCCAGCAUG